AGUAGCAGUUUCUUUUAAAUACAUGAGGCUGUCCUUCGUUGAGUCUUGGGCGGAAGUUUGAAGCGCCUCCCGGUAAUAAAUGAAGAGCCAAAUAUUUGAUAAGCGCUGCGUUCACAUCACACCCUAGUUACAGUCAUUUACCACCGAGAAGACCAGGGACGUUUCACUGCGGGGUUAGCGUCCACGUCGGUACUGAGCCAUGGAAAGCAUUUUGGAGACCAUGGAUUACAUACCCAUGAACAGACCUAUGUGGUGGGGAACCCUUGGUACCGUGCGUCCGUUUCUGCCUUUUGACCCUGUUAUGGACGCACGUCAGAUUUACGCUGCCCUGGAAAAGAAAAGCACUGAUGUCAUGACGCUGGUAAGGAUCAUCACCAACAGGACCAACGCCCAGAGACAGAGCAUUGCUACGGCCUAUAACAACCUCACACAGAAGGACCUCGGCGCCGCUCUGAAGAAAGCGCUCUCCGGGCCCCUGGAGGAGCUCCUGCUGGCGCUCAUGAUGACUCCAGCUGGCUUUGAUGCCUCUCGGCUACGACAGGCCAUGGAGGGUUUAGGCACAGAUGAAGAAGCACUUUUGGAAGUGCUGUGUACUAGAUCUCCUGAUCAGCUUCGAGACAUCACGGUAGCGUACAAGGAGGCUUACAGCCGUUACCUGGAGAAUGAUCUGAUCGGUGAAACAAGCAAAGACUUCACCAGUCUAGUGCUGGCCAUACUCAAGAAGGAGGAGAUAAACCGGCAGGGCGUGAUUGAUUACCAGCUCAUUGACCAAGACGUCAGGAAUCUUAAUGAUGGUGUGAGUGGAAAGAAAUCUGACCCUGCCCCCUGGAUCCAAAUACUGACCUCUCGUAGUUUGGACCAUCUCAAUAGAGUGCUUUCCACGCUGGAGGAGCUGAAAGGAGAGGCAGUAGACAAAACCAUCCAGAAGCACUUUUCAGGAGACCUUCGACUUGGCCUGCGCAUUUUGGUGCGCACCAUCCAGAACACACCCCUGUUCCUGGCCCAGCGCUUACAAGCCUGCAUGAAGAAGAAUGCUGUAGUUCGAGGCAUCCUGGUGGCUCGGAGUGAAGAGGACCUCCUAUGGGUUAGGGUUGAGUUCCGUAAACUGGCCAACGUCUCUCUCUACACAACCAUCCAGAAAGAAUUCAAGGGGGAUUUACAGGCAGCCCUUCUGGCCCUGUGUCGGUCCGAGGACGUCUGAGGACAUCCGAGGGGACACACAACCGCUCAGCGCGCCACACUGGACAUUCCUCCUCAGUUCCCAUCCUCCACUUGUUUAGCCGCGCCGCUUUCCAUUAGGACAUCCCCCUGCUUCCUUUGGUCAGGACCCACAUGAACCAUGUGUGGAAUUUUACUCCGAACAAUACGUGUAGUAGGAGCAGAAAUCGCUCUGUGCCCCACAGCGUCCGUCACCGCCAGGAGUCAAGUACUAAUAUCCAUUAAGAGGGCUGGGAUUUGGGAUUUGGGAUUUGGUUCGGGUGUGGGUUCUGUUUUUCCGUGCAGUCUGAAUACCACAGAUGUCAAUUGGGAAAUCUAAAUCUUUUUAUUUAAUUUGUUCAGCAAUAAAUUUGUUCUGUUUUCUCUGCCCCAUAAUUAAACUUCACCUGU